CGUUUAUAUUCGACUAGAAGUUUUCUCAUACUUCUCUCUAGUCAAUGGCUAGAAUAUGCGAUGAUUUCCUUCAAUUCUUCGUGUUUACGAAGUAGACCUCAUAUAUUACUUAGAAGCCAGGUUUCACUCACACCUGUCAAUGUUCUCUCUAGGUCUUCUUCCCUCUCCGCAAUCCAUCGCGGACUGCGCAAAUCAGAGAAAUCUAGACCCCAGGGUUUCGAUCCGUUUUCCUCGAGGUCUGUAGGGUCAAGGAAUCCCCCGAAGCGACCAGAUUUCAAAAUCACAAAGGGCAAAAAAGAUAUCACAUACGACGGACCAGGACCAAAGUCGAGAAAGGCACGUUUCCAUGACCCAGAUGAACCUUUUGGAAAGAAGAGUCUAGUGUACCAGCUAAAAGCCGCCACGAAGCCAGGGGGGAAAUGGUCCGCCGGAGGAGGGAGUGACAGGAUGUCACCCGAUCAAUUCAUGAAAGAUUUUCAUGGGGGCUCGGCGCGAUCAUCGCGGCCAUCAUCCUUUUCGAACGCGAGAGAUAGCCGAACGGUUCGUAACUCUUCUCGGACGAGACAGUCCAGAGAACGAGAGAAACCAUGGUCACUGUCGCGCCCUGCUGAUUCUCCUCGGACGGGGCAAUCACAACAACGAGAGAGACCAUGGUCAUCGUCGCGCCCUUCCCGUUCUCCUGAGGCCCCGAGCACGUUUAGCGGGAGAGACUCAACUAAGUCAACGUUCGACAAGAAGUUUAACAAGCCAUAUGAGCAGAGAGAUUUCGCUAAAUCAGCACCCGACAGGAAUUUUGACCAGCCAUUCGAUAAGCCAUUUGGCAAGUCCUUUGAGAAAAGAGAUUCGAUUAGGAUGAGGAGCCCAGAUAGGCCAACUCAUAAUAGAUGGGCUAGUCGAGAAGACCAAGGGGAAAAGGAAGAGCGCAAUUAUCAGCCUUCAAGAGGGCAGGCAGUUGGCCAGAUUGAAUUGAAAGAUCACGAUAAAGGCCCUAUCCGCAUUCCUCGUACCACCGCAGCAUCUCAGUUUCUAUAUGGCAGGUCUGUAGUUGAACCUGCACUGAAGCAAACGACACGAAAACUUUAUAAACUCUAUCUCUAUUUUGGUGAGAAUCGUCAAGACGACACUCUGAACAUUGGCCUUCAAAGAAAGGCGAAGACAGCCGGUAUUCCUGUCGUAGAAGUAAUAGAUUCUCAUGGAUUACGGAGGAUGGAUAAGAUGAGUGAGGGUCGACCACACAAUGGCUGUGUUCUCGAAGCGUCUCCGUUACCUCAGCUGCCGGUCAAGCACCUAGGCUCAUUCUCAGAGGAGGAGAAAGGAUUCCUUGUCACGCUAGGUCAUCAAUCUGUCGAAGAAGCUCAAAUCAACGGAACCGACAAUUUCAUCAAGUGCAAUCUCCCGCCCAAUAGGAAUCCAUUCGUUCUAUUAUUGGACCGAAUACAAGAUCCAGGAAAUUUGGGUUCUAUCUUACGGACAGCAGCAUUCUUAGGUGUCGAUGCUGUCGGGAUCACCAAAGGCUACUCAGCCACUUUGAACUCUAUAGCCUCGAAGGCGUCAGCUGGUGCUUCCGAACGUAUCAAGCUAUUCUCUGUCGAUUCUAUCCUUGAUUUCCUGACCAGUUCUAAAGCAGAAGAUUGGGCUGUCUAUGCUGCCGUAGCGCCGACUGAUCGGCCUAGGGGAGGUCAACAUCUUACGCUAGACAGAUUGGAGAUGUACGAUCCAUUGUCGACUACCCCCACGAUUCUAGUAGUCGGGAGCGAGGGCGAAGGACUCUCAAAAGACACGCGGCGUUUAGCAGAUUUCGAGGUGUCGAUUCCAAACCAAUUCAGUUCUUCUGUUGUGGACAGCCUCAACGUUAGCGUGGCAACAGGCGUUCUUUGCUCAGCUUUUCUAAAGAACCAAUAUUCCGGAUCGAAAUGGAAAGUAAUCGAACCCAAGGAAAACGAAACGGGAUCGGAAUCGGAAUCUUUGUGGUGAUAGACCACGGAAUUGUACUUAUAUAACGUCACGGAAAUGGUACCCGAUGCCCACGAGACUUGUGUACAGCCACCUGGUUAAACGUGAUGGAAAUGUAUUUUAGAAGACACCAGUCCAAUCUCAUGAGUUAUCCGAUCGCCAAUACGUCUUAUGAAGGACGAUCGGUUUAACCAUAUUCGGGCUAUCCCUUAAAAUCUAUCCACAUAGAUUUGGGUGGAGUGGUGUUCAUGCUCCACUCCCAAAAUAAAAAUUCUAACGCAUCCGUGCAUACAUAUAUAUUAUCCGAUUAUUUGAAUAUUUGCCCCGAUAAAUUAAUGAAAAUAUGUAGAUGUUUCCACUUUUACUUAUCUCCGAUCAUUU